UACUACUAGACUUAUAUUAGUGUUCCCCACCAUUAAGCGCUAAUUCAAAUUAUGAGUCAUGUGGACACCUCCGUUUCUGGGAAGGAGAUCACUCAAACUUUUGUUACGUCCAAAGUAACACGGACUCGGAGCCUAUCAGAGUGGAGGCUUUUAUUCAGUCUUGUCAUUUGUGCAACCAUCUUCUACUUGCAGUUUCUCACUAAUGACGGCCCCGAAUCCUUAUCAGUCGACUACGACCGCUGGACAGGCCUAGCAAGCCACUGCUCCGAUGCGCAGCCCAUAAAUGGUUCAGAAAUUCUCCAACGCCAGGAAAACUUGGCAAAGAUAUUGUAUGACAAUGGCGCAUCAGCAUACAUCGCAGAGCCUGGCGCAAAUGCGCAGUACUUUGGUAACAUUUCCGAGGCGACGUGGCACCUUUCAGAAAGACCAUUGUUACUUAUAAUCUCUCCCGUACUCGAGGAGGCCAGCAUUGUAGCCAAAAUCACUGUUAUCACACCAGCAUUUGAGGAAACGCGCGCCAGACUUUUACCAGUACCCGGAAUUGACGUUUCAUUUGUCUCCUGGGCAGAAGACGAAGACCCAUACACCGUCGCGCUUUCCACCCUUGAACUUGAACUUGAAAGGCCCAUCUACGUUGACGGUAUGAUGAGAUACUUCAUUGUCGACGGUCUCCAGAAGGCUGCUCCUGGCGUCCGCGUUAUGUCUGCCCCACUCGAAGUCACCCAGCUCAGGGCGCGCAAAUCCCAAGCAGAGCUAGACCUUCUGAGAUGUGCGAACGAGGUCACCGUUCUUUGUAUCCGUGCUGUACAAGCCCAGAUGUACAUCGGGAUACGGGAAUCACAAGUUCGAGUGAUGAUAGAUGAGGCGCUCGCUGCUGCUGGUCUCGCCGAAAGAUGGGCGUUGGUACUUUUUGGCGAGAACGCUGCUCUCCCGCAUGGAAGCGGGAGCGACCGCGCACUGGGCAAAGCGGACUUUAUUCUCAUAGAUGCUGGUGGCACGUUGCUUGAAUACCACAGCGACGUUACACGUACAUUCAUGCUGCAUGAUAGCUCAAUUCCACCGGAACAUACUAGGAUCUGGUAUGAUGUACAUGCCGCCCAGACCUUGGCGCAUGCAGUGGCUCGGGAGGGGGCAAAUACAUCUGCCGUAGACAAGGUAGCGCGUGAUUGGCUUGACGGGCGUGGGUACAAAGGAUACUUUACUCAUAGACUGGGUCACGGAAUCGGGCUUGAAGAUCACGAGGCUCCAUACCUCCGUGGAGGAACCGACGACAUCAUUCAAAAAGGGAACGCCUUCUCGAACGAACCAGGCAUAUACAUUGAAGGCAAGGUCGGCAUUCGCCUUGAAGACUGCUUCUAUAUCGACAAAGGCGGAAAUUCUGUAUUUCUGACCAAAGGGAUUGGCGGACAAGCAUUCAGCCCGCUUCACCCUUGAACCUUUUCCUCUGAUGGGGUUUACGGAUAUGAAUUUCUGGAACCGAAGUUACGUAUUGAUGCAGAUGCGCUAUCGAUCCAUCCUACUAUCUUAAAUCCAGAGUUUAUGAUCUUAACUAUUUCUGGACAAUAGCGGGAAGGUCUGUGUAUAAAUAUAAGCCCUUAGUCGGACAUGAAGCUACUACGUCAUUGGACGCCACCAGGGUCACAUUCACAAAUUAUGACGGGAGGAUAAUUGACAUACU